GCCGAGGGGGGGCGCCUGAACCCGCUCGAGAAGGACGUCAUCACGCCGCUCUGCAAGCGGCGCGGCGAGCCGUCGCGCAACUUGAUCGUCUCGCUGGUGCACCCCUCCCAGGCGACGGUCCAGCCUGCGUGCACAUCCUCGGCGCAGUUUUCGGUCCGAGGCGGAUCGCUCGACCUCGCGCUCCAGCAGCGCUCGUCGGACGUGAUUCUCGGGCUGCCGCACGACGCGUACGUCUGGUCGGUGAUCCUCCACCUCGUGGCCCGGGAGGUGCGCCGCCGCACUGACGGCGAGGUGGCGCUGAGCGCUGGUCGUCUCAGCAUUCACCUCCCCGCUGGCAGCGCACAUGCGUACGCUGUGAAUGAGGAUGCCCUGCGAGAGCUGUCUCGCCGUGCGCCGAAGGGCGGUGUUGCCCCACGGGUGCUUCUGCGUCGGGACGCACCCGGCCUCUUCGAACUUGCAGCGCUGGACGAUUCGCCAGCGAUGCUUAGAGUGGAGGGCUACGAUGAUUCGUGCUGCCACCCGCGAAUUGUGGUCGCGCAGGCGAAUGGAUGA